ACAGCUGUUGUCGCAUUGUUGUUGGUGCAAAAUAAUAAAGUAAUUGGAUUAAAUUUGGAUAAAUCACGGGGAAUCUCAGCCAUGGCCACGAUGCGCAUACCCAAACAGAAGGUGAUCCUGUGCGGCGACUACGGAGUGGGCAAGAGCUCCCUGUUCCGGCGAUUUGCUACCAACACCUUUGUCACCGAUACGGACAGGAAAUCCACGCUGGGAUUGGACCACAUCGAUCGGGAAUACAGCGUGAACGAGAAGCAGAUCAAGCUCCAACUAUGGGACACCGGCGGCAUGGAGCGCGUGGCCUCUGUGACCUCCUCGUACUACAAAUUCGCCGAGGGAGCCAUCCUGGUCUUCGCCUUGGACAACGCCGCAUCGUUCCACUCGCUGUCACAGCACUUACUGGACAUUGUCACUUACGCGGAGAACGCCAAGAUCUUCAUCUGCGGCAACAAGAGCGAUCUGGAGGGCAGGGAGCCGGAGGUCAGCGACGAGGAGGUUGAGGCCUUCUGCGAACAGUGCCACUCGUUGAUUAGUGCCACCUACAAGACAUCCUGUCGCAAUGGCGCCGGAGUGGAGGAAAUGUUCCGCGACAUCUCCAGGCAACUGGUCCUUGCCAAUCGCUCCAAGAUGGAACUGCAGGCCUUGGAGCACAAAAGCUUCCAGGUGGACACGGCCGGCAGCAGUGCGGCGAUCAACGAGGAGGACGCCUCCUCCUGCGGCUGCUAGCAGUUGGGGAACAUUGAGUUCGGUUAGGCUUUGGAACACCCACAUCCCGGCCAGGCUCAAUGUCCCCUGCAGAGAUGCAUUUUUACUGUUUUCUUUAUUUAUUAACAGUUCUCGGCUAUGUUUAUGAUUUUUAGAUACACGUUCAUUUUGAAUUUAUGCGAGAAAUACGUCCCGAAUGCGAACACGAGUCAUAGAGUAGGAUUAGUUACUAUUAACCAAGCGCCAAACAUUAACCACUUAAACUUUGUACACGUAAAUUAGGACGGGGAACAGUCGUGAGAAGAGAAAGUAAUCUGUGUGGAUAAUAACUAUGAUUAAAAAAGUAAUACGAAUGGGACAGUGAAGUCUUAAUAAAAUAACUUGAUAAGUCCAGAGCUAGCCACAGAUUACCUUUCUCAACUACGAUUCCUAUUGAAGGUAUUACCCCAUCCUAUCGGAUAUAGAUAGUGCGUAAGUCUGCAGCUUUCUUCCACAGAAUAUCUCGUAAAGAUAAAAUAUGCUAAACAAUAAAUAAUCAACUCACGAA